AUCCCAUCCCACAGUACCUAGGUACCUACCUAGGUAAAUAAGAUGUGCAAAGUACAAUACCUAACGAAGUACAUACCAAUCGCCAAGAUACCCCGUACCGAGAGAAAGGUAGAUCUUUUUUUUGGCUAGUGGGGCCUGCACUAAGGGUGUGGUCCACUAUGGUCCACUAUAAUGUACUCGCAAGCUCCAUUUGGUGCCAGGGCUUAAUUAAUCCCGCUAACAACGACACGAAGCUUGUCAAGAGCUAAGAGCCGAAGAUCGGUAACGUUUGGAGGAAUUUUGGAUCGAUCAGCGCCAUUAACCGCCAUUAACGACUCCGCAUACCGUCGCCGAACCAGCUUGACGUGAUAGGUAUAAAACUCACACCUUCGGAUCACUUGUAUCUAGUACAGCUGGAACGUUCCCCCGUCAGUCAUAUAUACCAUGAAUGUUUUCCGUCGCGGCAUGGCGUCGGUGGCUUCUUUGAAACAGGCCGGCAAGGUCGUCUGCAUCGGUCGAAACUAUGCCGACCACAUCGCCGAAUUGAAUUCCGCCAGGCCAAAACAGCCUUUCUUUUUUCUGAAGCCUACGUCCUCGAUUUUGUUACCCGGAGCCGGUCCCGUCAUCCGCCCCAAGGGUGUCGACCUUCACUAUGAGGUUGAGUUGGCCUUGAUCCUGGGAAAGCAAGUGAGAGAUCUUGCAGCAGAUGAUGAGAAAGGCGCUUUUGACGCCAUUGAGCACUAUGCUCUAAGUAUCGACAUGACGGCAAGAAACAUUCAAAAUGAAGCCAAGAAAAAGGGCUUGCCUUGGUCAAUCGCCAAAGGCUUCGAUACCUUUUUACCGAUCAGCAAUCUCAUUUCCAAAUCGGCAAUUCCUAACCCUCACUCCAUAGAUAUCUACCUUACCGUCAACGACAAUGUCCAACAAUCGGACAAUACCGAGCUCAUGCUUUUCCAGAUCCCAAGGCUAUUGAGCGACAUCUCCAAGGUCAUGACUCUUGAGGAGGGCGAUAUCAUCCUCACUGGCACGCCGAAAGGUGUUGGGCCAGUCGUACCUGGUGAUGUUAUGCGAGCCGGUAUCAAAGUAAAUGGCAAGGAGCUCGAGGAGAGCAAGAUUGAGGUCAAGGUUGAGGAAUCAACUGGCGCAUAUGAAUUUGCUGAGACAUGACGUGUUCCCCAACAUGAACUAUCGGAAUCUAGCGAGCUGAUCUUCACCAAUAUCUCUCAGACCGCUCCAAUCUGUACAUAUUGAUGCCCAGUAUACUCAAAUCAUGGCUUAUCACAA